AUUUCAGCUGUAUGUCCUGCAGUUGAUGGCAGAAACGCUGUAUAUAUUGCUCAUGAAACCAACUGCGCCAAAUUUUAUCAAUGUUCUAAUGGUAUCCCAUAUCUGUUCGAUUGCCCUGUCGGUUUGGAAUUCAACCCAACCUUAAACGUUUGCGAUUGGCCAUGGGCAGCUGGAUGUCAAACUUCGUCUACAAGCGCUCCCACUACAAGUGAACCAGAUUCCACAGAAGAACCCGAUUCUACAGAAGAACCAGAUUCCACAGAAGACCCCAAUUCUUCGGAUAAAUCCUCUGAUUCAAGUUCAAGUUCAUCGGAGUCUGAGUCUUCAUCGUCUUCCGAGAGUGAUUCUUCCGAAAAUGAUUCUGAAGAAAUCGUUUCACUGCGAUUACAAGCGAAGUGUUCAAAUUUGGAAAAUGUGUAUAUGACAUCACAUCCGAAAUAUCAAAAAAAAUAUGUGAUUUGUUAUUUUGGAGACCCUAUUAUAAAAGAAUGUCCAGCAGAUUUUUCUUACGAUAGCGAUAUUCAAAUAUGUGUCAGAAAAAUUAUUGAUUCUGUCUGAUAUGGAACUGUAUUAUUAUUAUUCAAUGAGAAAAUUGAUGUGAACUAAAUAUAUGAAUAUGAA